AUGAAAUUUUCAUUUAAAUUACCGUUCAAUAGUCUUUUCAAAUAUAGACCAGGAAAGUUUAACUAUCAAAUAGAACAAGAUAUUCGUUCUAAAUUGGAUUCUUUACCAUCUGUCACGAAGAUCUAUAGUAAUCCAGACGGUACUCCAAGAGUUCCAAGUGAUGAAGAAUUCAAAACUAUUGCUGAAUUACAAAACUUAUAUUAUAAACGUAAUCAUUCAGAAUGGAAUUUUAUAUUACCAGGCAUUCCAAGAGAUCAAUUAAACUUAUACAAAGAUAAUACUCAAGACUUGAAAAACUUUCAAUUUGUAACUAAAGAUGCUGGUAAAAUUAUCGAUAAAAUUCCUUAUAAAGAUGAAGUAACUGGUGAAUUAAAAUGGAAAGUUAUUCGUGAAACUGAAAAAGCUGAAGGUUGGGAAUUUUCAUAUUUUUAUAUCGUAUUACCAGUUUUCGUUUACGUUGCCUAUUCUAAAUAUACUACUCAAAUGAAGAGAAGAGCUACUGAUGGUCCUGACUGGGCUGAAAAAGAAUUAAGAUUAAGAGCAAUGGAAGAAUAUUUCCAUGGUGAUACCGAAAAGGCCAAGGAAUUCUUAAGUAAUGAAGGUAAAUCAAGUAGAGAAAUUAGAGACAGAGACGAUUUGGUUGUUGCAAGAAUUUUGGCUGGUGACUACGAUAAAUUAGCUGAAUUAAAGAAAAAAUUACCAAAAGAUUUACUUCCAAAAGAAGAACUUCAUCCAAAUUUGAAAAUUUAAGUGAUUAAAAUUCACUCAUUUAUUUAUUUAUUAUUGGUUUCUUUAUUUGGUUGAUGUUUUGACUAAGUAUCAUUAUUUGGUUUGAUAACCCUGUACCAUAGAUGUAAACAUUAACUAAAUUUCAGACUUCUUUUGAUUGAAAAUUAAAAAAGAAAAAUAAAAAAAAAAUUAUAAAAUUUAGAUCACCUCCAUCUUUU